GAUUCUAUCAAAAGAGAAAUAGUUCAAGUCCAUUUUACUGCUUGGCCUGACAAAGGAACGCCUGAUGACGUCACGAGCUUGAUAGAAUUUAGACAGAAGGUUAACAGUACUAAGACUAAACUAGAUGGCCCUAUUCUUGUACACUGCAGCGCCGGAAUAGGUAGAACUGGUACGUACAUUGCUUUAGAUAGUAUAACAAAUGAGGGCGAAACCGAGGGAGCAGUAGAUAUAUAUGCAUUUGUAAGGAAUAUGAGAGAACAGAGGGUAAACAUGAUACAAACAGCUGAACAAUACCAGUACCUUCAUAACGCCUUAGUUCACACUCUGACCUUUGACAGUAAAGCUGUUGAGGCCUCCAUGUUUAAUGAAUAUAUGAAGACGCAUACCGAAGAUCAUCUGGGGAAUAUGUUUGAGAAGCUUCAAGCGUCUGUUGAACAAAGAACUGAUGAUGAACAGGAAGCUGUUAAAAGAAACAAGGCUUUAGUAAAUAAGAACAGAAACGGUGCUGAUAUCCCAGGAGAUCGUAACAGACCUCGGCUAUUCAUGGCUAAAACUCCAGGUCAAUCAGAUUACAUCAAUGCAGUGUACGUAAAUAGUUUCAAAAACGUGAAUCGUUUCCUGAUAGCACAAACACCUUUAACAGACACUGUUGAGGACUUUCUUAAAUUAAUUGUUCAAGAAAAGGUUUCAUGCGUCAUCAGUAUGGAAACAAUGUCGUCAGAAAAUAAGGACUCCGGAAUUUACUGCCCUGUGGAUAACCAAACGUUAAGGAAAGGGGCCUUCACGAUAAAAACUGAACGAGGAGAUGGGACAGACCAAUAUCACUUGAAGAAAAUGAAAAUAUCAUAUAAAAGCAAAUCUGGAUCAGAAGAGAUUAUAGUACCACAUGUUCAGUACACACAAUGGGAUUCCAACAAGAGCAUUCCAGAAGAGCCCGUCAAGUUUGUACAGUUUGUCAAAGAUAUGGAACUAAAAUUUAGCCGAACUGACACAAACCGACCAAUGCUGGUCCAUUGCUUAACUGGAGCUAAAAAAGGAGGACUAUUUUGUGUUGUAUCAACUUUGUUGGAGAAAACACAAAUUGACCAGGAAGUGAGUGUCGCAAACACCGUACGGCAAAUAAAAUAUAGAAGAUAUUUGGCUGUGCCAGAUAAAGACCAGUACAUUUUCUGUCAUCAUUGUGUCAACGAGUAUUUACGAACAUUCGAUAUCUACUCAAACUUUGAACUGAAGACAUAGAUAUUCAAAGACAGUUUUUCUUGACGACAAAAUCAAACAUGAAUCGUUUUUGUAAAUAAGUGUUUGUUAUUGAUGUUUAAGUUUAUGUUUUAUAUCACCCGCUUUAAUUACCUACAUUUUAUCAGUUUUCUGUACCCUUUAUAUUGUAUCCAUUUUUUUCAGAUUUAAACACCUUUUUAAAGAGUAUGAGAUCAUUAUUACCAGCUAAUGAUCUGUACAACCUCUACAUGAAACACCCUUUGGUAGACAAAAAUAUUGCAUGUUACCGAGAGGAAAGCCAUACACAUUGAAAAGUUCUACUUUCAAAGGAUAUUUCGUUACCUUAGAGCAAUAACUGAUAAAUGUAUGUUAAAUUUAGAAGGACUUAUUCCGUUUUUGCACUAAGGCGACUUUUAAAAAGAACAGUUCUGCUGAGAUUGGUUCUAAAAAGCGGAAAUUAAUAUCAUAUCAUUUUAACAGCUCAGGCUGGGGAGAUGCAAACUUUUGUACGUCCUGUCUGUGUUUGAUGAAAUGGAAAUUUUGACUUUUGAUUUUGAGUGUCAUUAUUUUGUUGUUGCUGCCCUUUUAUAAUAAACAAAUGACGAAAUACGCGAUAUUCACAAUAUCAAAAAUACAGUGACAGUGAAGGGUCUAAACACUCAUUGUUUUAACAUUAUAAAGAGCCAAAAAGCCAAAAUUUGUAGUAGCCGAAAAACUCUUACCGACAAAGGGAUAUUCUAGAAACACUCUUGUUAUAGAAUAUUUUGUUGUUUUUUUGUCAUUGUUUGAUAAUACUGAAUGUUUUAUUUUUCUUUUUAUUGAAUUUUUUAUCAUAUGUCGAAUUGAUAAAUUAAGAAGUAGAAGAAAACGAAAAAAAAAAAGAUAUUUCCGCAUUUCUCGUUUUCAAAAUAUACAUUCUUGGUAUUUAAGAAAGAAAACAAUCUGUUUUCUAGAAAGAUGAAACAGUUCAAUUUCGGUUUAACAUAGCAAAUAACUAUAGAGAUUGAAAUUUAAAAAGUUUACAAAUCCAAAAAAAAUAUAUAGAGUAAUAGUAUUUGCUAUAAGAUUAUUUUGUUUUUAAACAAUAUAUUUAUAUUAAAAUACGCAGCAACAAUGAAAUACAUUUCUUAAGGAUACAACAUAUUAGUGAAAAGCUGCAACAAACAAAUGUUUAUAGUCAUAUACUGGAUAGCUCAAUAUUUUAAGAUUUAUUUAUUCAGCAGGCAUAAUUAUUGUAAGAUGUGAACCAACCAUCAAAAUAAACAUAUUUAUCACUUAACAUAAUCUUCAAAGUAAAACAUUAUCCUCUUGGAAAUUUUGUCAACUUUUUUUACUUAAUAUGCAUAGAAAGAAAAUUUAAAAUUAUCUCAUAAAAUUUUCUUAAACGGUGCUUGGUUAAGUUGAAGUAAAUUGAUUUAAAAAAAUGAAGUAGGAUGGUGGCCUUUUUCCUCAAUGUGUUUAACUCAUGAUUGUAUUGAAUCAUGCAAAUUUGAAGAAAAUACUCCGUGAUAUUUUUUUUUUCUUUCUUGGCUUUUCCAAUUGAUAGCCUUCUACAUUUCCAUGUAAAAGUGACUUACUUAAAUACGCUUUUAGAUGCUUUUAAAUUUGAUUAUGUUAUGUUAUUUAUGUUUUAUACCAAACGUUACUGUACUAAUUAAAGUUUACAUUUUAUAAA